CUGUAGUGGUGGAGUGCCCCUUGCGUUUGCUCAGUAGGUCAGACAAGCAGGUUAAUAACAUUUUGUAAAUAUGACAACUUAUUUGACUUUCUUAUUUUCAGUCUGCAGAUAAACAAAGAGCGCUUGAAGAAACCAAAGCCUAUACGACACAGUCCUUAGCUAGUGUGGCUUAUCUCAUUAACACCUUAGCCAACAAUGUCCUUCAGAUGCUGGAUAUUCAGGCUUCCCAGCUCAGAAGAAUGGAAUCUUCCAUCAAUCAUAUAUCACAGACAGUGGAUAUUCAUAAAGAGAAAGUUGCAAGAAGGGAGAUUGGAAUCUUGACAACAAACAAAAAUACUUCUAGGACGCACAAAAUAAUUGCUCCAGCGAAUUUGGAGAGACCAGUCCGUUAUAUACGUAAACCUAUCGACUACACAAUCCUUGAUGACACUGGACAUGGGGUGAAGUGGUUGCUUAGAUUUAAGGUCAGUACGCAGAAUAUGAAGAUGGGUGGAUUGCCACGUACCACUCCACCUACCCAGAAGCCCCCUAGUCCACCAGUGGCUGGCAAAGGAACUCUUGGCAGUAGUGGCAGUAGUGGUGGAAGUCAUCCCAGUAGCCGGAGCAGCAGUCGGGAGAACAGUGGAAGUGGUAGUGUUGGUGUCCCGAUUGCUGUCCCUACUCCUUCUCCUCCCAGUGUCUUUCCAGCCCCUGCUGGCUCAGCUGGCACUCCUCCCAUCCCUGUUACCUCCACACCUGCCCCUGUCCCUCAUGCUCCUGCUACUGCCCCUCCUUCCUCAACUACCCCAGAUGCUGCUGCAGGAGCUCAACCCCCCCCUGCUGAUGGUUUCACCUCUCCAACUCCCCCUGCUGUUUCCUCUGCUCCUUCUACAGGUAACCCUGCUCAGUUCUACAGUAUGAACAGACCAGUGUCACGGCACACACCACCAACAAUAGGAGGUUCUCUUCCAUAUCGUCGUCCUCCAUCUAUGACCUCACAGCCAAACCUUCAAAAUCAGAUAAACGGAGGACCGUUUUAUAGCCAAAAUCCAGUAUCACAUGCUCCUCCUCCCCCUUCUAUACUACAGGUAACUCCACAGUUACCUCUGAUGGGAUUUGUGGCGAGAGUUCAAGAAAACAUUUCAGAAACUCCACCUCCACCACCCCCUGCAGAAGAACCAGUAUUUGAUGAAUCUCCUCCCCCACCGCCACCUCCAGAAGAUUAUGAAGAGGAGGAAGCUGCAGUAGUAGAGUACAGUGACCCAUAUGCUGAAGAAGACCCUCCUUGGGGCACCUAGAAACUACUUAGAGAAAGUUGUGGCAAUUUAUGAUUAUUCAAAGGACAAAGAAGAUGAGCUGUCCUUUCAAGAAGGAGCUAUCAUAUAUGUCAUUAAGAAGAAUGAUGAUGGCUGGUACGAGGGUGUCAUGAAUGGUGUGACAGGUCUUUUCCCUGGCAACUACGUGGAGUCAAUCAUGCACUAUUCUGAAUGA